AUGGCCAAGGCACGUCCGAACAAGGGUGCGAGCAAGGUCGAGGCGGGGUCGGCAGAGGGUGGACGGCCGGCUGGGAGCGGUGGCAAGGGACAGAAGGGCGAGCGGAAUGGGAGCAAGGACGAUGGAUCGGGGAAGGGUGCUGCAAAGGCUUCGCCCAAGCCGUCGCCAAACUCAUCCGGUCGGUCGUCGCCGGUGGGUGGCCGGUCGGCGGCGCCGGCGGCGCGGAGCAAGGGCGGGCGCGGCAAGGGCGGCAACAGAUCGCGGGCGAGUAAGGCAGGCGGUGGCGGCGGCAGCGGAAAGGGCGGGUCGGGUAAGGUUGUCAAGGCGCUCAUGUCGCGGACCGCCAUUGGGUGCGCGCUGAAGGAGGUGCUCGACACGGUGGAGAUCGGAGCUGAUGGCGUGACUACGGCCCAGCUUCUUAGCAGAGUGCCGGCCGAUGUCCGCGCGAGCAUCGACGUGCUCAAGGGCGGCAUCGCCGAAGCGCUCACAUUUCCGCAAUUUGCCCAGUUCUACACUCUGGAAAGCGCGACCGGGCUCUUUUGCGUGCCGGACGAGGAGGCGGCGCUGGCGCACGUGUACAAGGCGAUGGCGACGCACCCGGACGGGACAACGCUCGCCAUCCUCGGUUCGAGCCUCUCGCCGCUUGCCCGCGAGUACUUUCGCGGGCACGGCGGGCUCAAGUUCUUUGUCUUUGACCUCUACCCGUUUGCGUUUACUGCCGACGGCAAGAAGCAGGACUCGCGGACGAUGCUCAAGCCGACCGGCGUGACGACGCCGCCAGCCGACUUUGUCCGGCCGGCGGUGCGGGCGCGCAAGAAGCGGGCAGCGGGCAAGGGCGCAGCCACGUCGUCGGCCCGGGGCCAGAACGAGACCCAGGGCGAGGCCAAGGACAAGCCAGAGGCCCAGCCCCAGGCCCAGCCCCAGGCCCAGCCCCAGACUCAGCCCCAGGCCCAGCCCCAGGCCCAGCCCCAGCCCCAGGCCCAGCCCCAGGCCCAGGCCCAGGCCCAGGCCCAGGCGUAUGACAACCGCGCCGCUACACAACCGGGCCAAGGCUUUGCCGGCCACCCCGGGGCGCAGCAAGGAUUUCGGCCGCCGAUGACACCGGCGCAGCAGCAGGAGAGCCAGCGGGCACAGGCCGAGGCGCAGGCGCGGAUGCAUCAUAUGCAGCAAGCGCAGGCGCAGGCGCAGGCGCACCAGGCACGACAGGGCGGCGGCCCGCGGUUCACCCCAGCCCCGCACCCGCACGCGGCGCAGAUGGUGGCGGCGCAGCAGGCGCAGUACGUGGCGCAGAUGCAGGCGCAGGCACAACGGCAGGCGCAGAUGCAGGCGCAGGCACACGCUGCAGCAGCAGCACAGGCACGUGCGGAGAAGCAGACGAUUCCGGCCAUGCCGAUGCUCCCGGGCGUCUCGAUGGGCGAGAUGGCCGGUAUGGCCGACCUGCGCAACGCCACCACGCUCCGCGAGUACAUUGUCCGCUUUCUCACCGAGUUUGGGCGGGUCCAGCUCAACGACCUGUACUUCCGGCUCUCACCCGAGUUCCACGCGCAGCUCCGGCAGUACCACAAUGGGCGGCUCAUCGACUUUCUCAAUGCCCACUCGCAGAUCUUCACCACCAUUGCCCGGUCGCAGGCGCACGCCAACGAGCUCGAGGCCAAGCUGCAGGCAGCCGAGGCCAAAAUCAAGGCGCUCUCGGCCGAGACCGAGGCCCAGAUUGCGGCGCUCGAGGCCGAGUCGACCACGCUCCGCGGCAGCGUCUCGGCAUGGCUCGAGUUUUGGCAAACCACAGUGAGCAACGUGCCGCUGCCGGCGCCCGGCGCCGCGCCGUCACCGCCAGCCCAGUCGGAGGACGACUUUGUGUCGGCCGCCGCCGCCGCCGCCUUUGGCUCGUCGUCGGGCAAGCCGCUGCCGUCGUUCUUCAACGAAAUGGAGUAACAGAGAUCGCGUGAG